AUGCUUCCUCCUCAUCCGACAGCCUCUUCUGCUUCACCAACUCUGAACCCUCAAGCAGAAUCUUGGACCCAAUCUUCUGAUGCAGAAAUAACUCAAAUCCCUCCUCCUCCUCUUUACCAACCCAACAAAAUGGCGAAUUUUUACAUUGCUUCUCCCACAUCCCCACCAGUUCUUCCCCUUUCCCCUGCAACUUCAGUCACUGUUCUUCAUCAUCAACCUCUGUUUCCUCUGACACCACCCAUACCAAGAAGCUCUGUUCUUCAUUACCAUCAGGUUGUUUUCACCAAUGGCCAUCCCAGCUUGUGCAGUGUUGAUCCGGGCUCGUUUAAUCUUGUUCCACAGGCUUAUCCUCAUCAACGUACUGUGGUGAUUUUGCCUCCCAAUACAUCAGCACCUCAUCCAGUUAUGCUUCCUCUGUUGUCAUCCAGUUCAGGGGAUUUCAUGGAAAUGCCAUAUGAUGAGGAGAAAGUCGCUGAGAAGAAACCAUUUCCAAGGAUUUGGCGAAGGAGGAAAGUUUUUGUGCCUCCAAGGCUUCAGAAGAAUCACCACCAGAAUAUGGAAAGGUUUCAGGGGAGAAGCAAGAAUGUCAUCCUGCAGAAGCAAUGGAUGCCUAAGAAGAAAACUGAUCAUCAGCUUGCAGAAGAUGGUGAUUAUGGAGUCAGUAUUGAUUCUGCUGAUUAUGGGUCUCCUCUGAUUUUCUCUCCACCACCUCCAAACUUUCCUACAAGAUCUUCUUCUUCUUCCAUGGUGAAUUUUCGAAGCUGUAAGAAAACAACAGUGAUGAUCCGCAACAUCCCUAACAAGUACAAGAGGAACAGCUUGAUGCAAUUCCUUGAUGUUUACUGCCAGAACCAUAACCUGGCCUAUGAUUUCUUCUACCUCCCCAUGGACUUCAGGAGGCAUGAUAACCUUGGUUACGCUUUUGUGAACUUCACAACACCAAAAGCAGCCAUCAAGAUCAUGGAUUUGCUGGAAGGCUUUGUAUGGUAUGGCAACAAAAUUUUUGACAUGACAAUUCUGUCAAACAAAAUCUGUGAAGUCUCUUGGGCUGCUAUCCAGGGGAAAAAAGCAUUGGUGAAGCAUUUCUCGAAUUCGAAGUUUGUUUGUGACAACCGUGAGUAUCUGCCUGUGGUUUUUCACCCACCAAGAAAUGGCUCAGCAAUCAACAGUCGUUUGCCUAUUACUGUAGGCAAGAUCAUGAAGCAGAAGGGUGAUAACAUCAUUUUCAUCAACUAG